AUGGCAUCACCACCGUCCUCUCAGACGGCCACCCACAUCCUCUCUCUCACAAAUUACACAUGUCACCACCUUGUCCCCCUCACACCAAAGCCCCCAACUCCACUUCCACCCUCUUCUCUCCGUCUCCGCACUACAGUCGUCAGUCUAACAACAAACAACCUCUCCUAUGCACGCCUCGGCCACUUAAUGGGCUGGUACUCCACGUAUCCGCUUCCCUCCACAACACCAGCUCCAUACAACGAUACCUCAGCAUUCGGCCGCGUUGCAGCAUGGGGCUAUGCCGAGAUCCUAGAAAGUACUGUUAAAGGCAUUGAGAAAGGAAUGAAUGUAUACGGGUACCUGCCCACUAGCACGGAGUGGGAGGAUGUGACUGUAGAAAGAGCUAGGGAUGCACGAGACGGGAGUAUCAUCGAGAACCAAGUUGUUGUUACGGACGCGCACAGACAGCAUUUGUGGAAGCUUUAUAACCGAUAUCGUGUUUGCAGUCGGCCUUGUCAAGUUGCUGAUGAGAGCGAGCAGAGUGACGAGUUGGGCUGGGUAGCACUGAUGUUGGGCCCGUUUACUGUGGGGCAUAACCUCUGCAGUUAUGUGUUUCCAUGGCAGGAAGAAGAUGAAGGGAAGGGAAGAAGAAUCCAUCCUACAGGAAACGGGGAGUGGAGCGCCGAGGACGUGAAAUUAAUGGGUGCUACAGUUGUCAUGUUGAAUGCGAGUGGCAAGACGGCAUCUUGCUUCGCAUAUGCCCUCCGGCACUGUCGACCGCUUGAGCACCAACCUACCCGUAUUAUCGGCGUUAGCUCAAGUGCUUCUAUCGAGGUUAUCAAGAGGACUGGAUGGUACGAUAACGCAGUUCUUUACGACGACUUCAGCGAAACAGCCACGGAAAUUCGAAAAUUAGAUACAGAACGCAUCGUACUCUUCGAUUUCGGCGCCCGACCCGGAGCAAAUGCAAACUGGCGAUCCGCUCUGUAUUCCCUAUCGCCAACUAUUCCUUUCACACUGGUCACAGUCGGUGGUGAGGUUAUGCCUCAAGAUCCAGAGAAGGCGGCACAACGGCUUGCUGACAGAGUGUCCUUGAAUAUUGUCAACGCGAGCUUGCUGCAAGAAAAGGGUAUUGAGACAGCUGGAGGUGGAUAUUUUGAUAACUUGUAUGCAGCGUUUCAAGUGUUCUGGAGACAGGCCAGGGACGUAAGGAUGUUGAAGUUGAGAUGGGGUGAGGGGUUGGAGGACUGGGAACGAGGCUGGGAGAUGUUAUGUAGGGAUGAUGUUAAAGCUGAUGUGGGUCUAGUGUACAGUAUUUAG